CUCUCUCUCUCUCUCUCUCUAUCUAUCUCUCUAUCUCUCUCUCUCCACGCCCAUGCGAUGCAAUGCGUCCUGGAUCGGAGGAAUCGAACGUUGCCGCUCUGCCAUGUUUCUUUCAGGUGCCAAAACAACAGGCACCACAGCCGGCGGCCAACAGAGGUGUUGCAGUACCAGCAGGGAAGCUCAAGGCCGCCACCGCCGGUGUCGGCUGCCCUGGUGCGGUAGGAAACAUGCAUGUGCUCGGGGACAUUGGCAACGUCGUCCACGCCACGGCCAGGUCCUCGACGGAUCCAGCUACCGGCCCGGCAUGGAUCAAUCGUCCAAUCAUCAGGAGGUUCAGCGCUCAACUCUUGAAGAAGGCCCAGGCCGAUCCAUCCAAGAAUGGCGUAGAACUGAUUCUAAAUUCCUCCAGCAGCGCGGGCAACCCUGAAGCCCCAUUCGCUGUUACUCGCAGGUUGAUUGGCACUGGCCGCACUCCAACACUGAUGGUGAAGAAUGCAGUUUUUUCUUUUCUUUUUGUACACAAAUGAGGCAAUACAGUUGGCAUCGAUGGCUGCUACUCGCUGGUCUCUCCUUUAGCACAGGUUACCAUCGCCGUCCGCCGCUUCGAUGCUCGGCUGCUGCCCCAUGGACGCAUUCACCACACCCCUACAGCCGACUCUCCUGCCCUUCACUCUGUGGCUAUCCUUCAGGCAUGAUUUUGACUCCCUGCCAUACUGCCACCACGCUGCCCUGGAUAAUUUUUCUUUGUACAUGCAGGGAAAUUAAUUAUAUGCAUUUUCUAUUCUGUUGCCUGAUGCCCACUACUAUUGUUUGCGGGGAUAGUACAGCCUAGCCUAGGUGCAAUGGCAAUAAAGCUUAUGAACUCAUUUUUAACAUGUACGUGAGGAGUGACUUGCUGGUGUGAAACAGGUAUGUGCCUUGCUUAUAAAUAUAGCCUUGCAUGAUUUUCUCUUUACCUGAUGGACUGAGGAGGAGGUCAGAGAUGUAUAACAACCAUCUUGAUCCAAAUGACAAGUAUGACAGGGCUAACCUACUUACCUAGAAUUUUACCACAUCCUAAGACUUCAAAAUCUGUACAAUAGGAAUGGCUAGCUGUUUUCUUGUCUAUAACUCCCACAUGUAACAACUUCUCUCACCAUGUCUACAUGUAGUGUUCAGGUAUGAUUCUUGCAUACUGUCGACAAAGGCGUGAUGUAUUUUCUGAACUGUUUUUUUUUGCACAAUGGUUGAGCUCGAUUUCAACUUCUACCGAGUAGUUGAUAGUCAAGCCUGAUGCAGAUAUUUGAGCAAAAAAAAGCCUGAUGCAGAUAUUUGAGAAAAAAGCCUGGCGCAGAUAUAUGGAGGUUAUGCAGUUCCAUUAGCUCUAGAGUUGUCCUCUAUACUGAUGAGGCCUACAUUUUUGCUCAUUCAGGUUGGAGGGAAACAUGAACUCUGGCAAUCCAAAAUAGCAAAUAUAAAAUAACUGAAGCUCAUGCGAUGUAUUUCUAUAACAACAAGGAACAAGUUUGUUUUUUACAUCCGACCUCGGCCAAGCAAUUUAAGCUUAUAUGGGUGCUUUUUAUUCUUCAGAGGUGCAUGUAUUGAGAGCGCCCAUGAUUUAGGGCAAAAAAGCUAGACAAAGUAACAAACUUUGUACAAAUUGUACUUGAAGCCUGUGAUAUCCCGUUGAUGGACGCUGAUUGUGGUUAUCCUACUUCAACAACGUGCUUGCCCCUUAGGAGUGACAAAGUACAGCAUGCCGCUUUUUUUAGGAAACCCCUUCAACUUAUGCAUGCAGUAUGUUGUGAAGAACUAUGGCAGAGCCUUGUUUGUAUCCAUGUCUAAUGUAUUUUCAUACUGAAUCAAGUAAUAUACACUUGCCCCCACAGUCCCGGCACCGCCUUUGCAUUUGUAUUCUUGGUCGUCCGUUGCUCAAUCAGGUACAGAACUAAUUUCGCAUACCAUGUAUGUCAUACAGAAAUGUUAAAUUCCCUUCAUUUUUUCACAAAUGUCGCA